AUGGGAGACGCUACUUUAUUGGGCCAGGCUGUGACGCUCUUCUGCGUUCUCUUGGGCUUGUAUAUUUUCAAGAUUACCACAACAUAUACUAAAUUGAAGCAUUUUCGGGGACCUUCGUUGACCGGUAUCUCAAACUGGCCCCAUAGCCUGGCAUUACUUCGAGGUAAUUGCCAUGAGUGGUACGCUAAAGUCAACGAGAAACAUGGUCCGAUUGCGCGUGUUGCUCCCCAGGUGCUGAUCACUUCCUCCCCCGAUGUUUGGAUGCAUGUGAACAACAAGCCUGGCUACAAGCGCUCCGAUUGGUACUACCACGCCGUGCGAAUUGAGUAUCGAAAGGACAAUGUCUUCAGUCAAACAGAUAACGCGAAACAUGAUCAGCGAAGAAAACAAAUGGCUCCAGGGUAUUCGGGACGGGAAAAUGACCAGCUCGAGAGAGCAGUGGAUGAGCAAGUUCACAAUUUGCUGAACCUUAUUCGGUCCAAAUACAUAUCUACAGACCGUGGCGUCGUACCCAUGGACCUAGCGAAAAAGGUUCAGUAUUUUACACUAGACGUCAUUAGCAGCGUCGGCCUCGGUAAGGCGUUCGGUAUGUUGCAGAGUGACCAAGACGUGGACCAUUAUCUCCAAUCAAACGAGGAAGGACUAGCUAUCGGCAAUACCGCCCUUGCCAUGGGAUUCAGCUGGAUCACUCAAGCGCCCUUCGUCGGCAAAUACAUUGCGCCUUCACCUAAGGACAACAAUGGCUUCGGCAAGAUGAUGGACGCAUGCUUUCGUCUUGUUGAUGCGCGCGCCGCAAGCUCCACUGAUGAAAGGUCCGAUAUGUUAGCCUCCUUCAUGCGUCACGGCUUAAAGGGUGACGAACUACGCACUGAGGCACUAGAGCAGAUCCUUGCGGGCUCCGACACCACUGCUGGCGGAAUUCGCGGCACUCUUCUCCACAUUAUAACAAAUCCCCGCGUCUACUUGAAGCUUCAACAUGAGAUUGACGAUGCCGUGAGCUGCGGCCAUGCUCCGAGCGCGGGCAAAGGCCUUGUUACUACCGCCCAGACUAAACUUCUUCCAUACCUUCAAGCCGUCAUUCGUGAGGCUCUGCGAGUUUGGCCGCCCGUUGCGAACAUAUUUUCGCGCGAUGUCCCGGCAGAUGGCGAUACUGUUGUCGUCGACGGCGAGAGCGUAUUUCUACCCGGUGGCGCCUGCAUCGGUUACUCGGCGUAUGCUAUGCACCAUAGCGAGAAGAUAUAUGGCAAAGACGCAAAGGCUUUCCGUCCAGAGCGGUGGCUCGAGGAGUCGGACCCUGCUAGGUUGGCUGUCAUGAUUCGGACCAACGAUCUUAUAUUCGGUUACGGUAAAUUCCAGUGUUUGGGGAAGCCAGUGGCCCAAAUUGAGAUGGGAAAGAUUAUAUUUGAGCUCUUCCGUAACUUUGACAUAGCGCUUAUCAAUCCGACGCAUCCCUGGGAUGUGUUGAACUCCCUUGGGCUCUUCACCAUCUCAAAUAUGUGGGUGCAAGUGAUGGAGCGAUCCCCCUGUUCUUCUUGA